UGUUGGAUGUGUUGGUGUAACCUGCUGCUGUCAGAGCGGGGCGACCCGCACCCCUUCCAGCGCGUCUUCGGGUUCGGGCAGCCCGUGGCCUCUCGCGCGGUGAGCCGUGAAUCUCCCUCUCCUUCCCGGGAGUGUGCUCCCCCCGCCUCUCCUUCCCGGGAGUGUCCUCCACCCCCUUCUCUAUGGUCCGGGAUGUUUUCUAAAAAAACUCACGGGGAUGUGAAGAAAUCGACCCAGAAAGUGCUGGAUCCGAAGAAGGAUGUGCUGACCCGCCUGAAGCACCUGAGGGUCGUGAUUGAGAACGCGGAAUCCAUCGACCUCAAACAGUUUUUUGAACAGAACUAUUCCCACAUCUAUUACGUGUUCUUCGAAAACUUUGUGAUAAUCGAAACGUCUCUGAAACAAAAAGGGCAUAAAUCUCAGAGAGAGGAGCUAGAUGCCAUACUCUUUAUUUUUGAGAAGAUCUUGCAACUCCUUCCUGAGAGAAUCCAUCAACGAUGGCAGUACCACAGUAUCAGCUUGAUACUGAAAAAACUGCUUCACACGGGGAACUCCUUAAAGAUCCGCCUUGAAGGACUUCGCUUGUUCCUCUUGUGGCUUCAAGCUCUGCAGAACAACUGUAGCUGGGAGCAGCUGUGUAUAUUCGCCUGUCUCAUCCCUGGAUUCCCCACUCCUGUCUCUGAUCAUGGGCAUUACACCUUAGAUAAUCUAAUCAACCUUCCUUUGAAUCUUCAGGAAAACCAAGUUUCGAUUGAGGAAAUCACUCCGCUUGUUCCACCGCAGUCUGGAGACAAAGCGCAGGAAGAUCAUACUAGUUAUUUCUUGGAGGCCUUGUUAAAAUACAUGGUGAUACAGGUCCGAAGUUUGGAAUGGCGCAACAAGGCGAAAGAAGAAAAUGGCUUUGCCUUCUUGUUUUCUAACUUUAAGAAAUAUUACAUGCCUUAUAUUUUCCCUGCGAUGAGCAGAGAAAGCAGCCUAUACAACCCUGCCCUCGAAAUCCCACAGAUGAGACCAAAACCUCACUACGUGCUCAUCCGGAGAGAUGCAGAGAGCAACGAGGCUCAUUAUUGCACCAAAGAGCCCUUUCUCAAUGCCCGGGUGAUCGUCAUUAAGUGGCUGGUGUCCUUUUGGCUCGAGCCCAAGCCCCACUCCGGUACUCACAUUCCUGGGACCGAAGGGGAGAAUGUGCCAAAGAACAUACAGAGAGCUGCUGCCAACUUUGCUGCCCAGGAAGAAAGUAGAAGCGAGAGCACGGAGCGGACGCAAGAACCAGAACAGUCCCAUUCCAACACCAGCACCCUUACCGAGCGUGAACCCAGCGUGUCCAGUCUCUGCAGCAUCGCCGAGGAGCACGUUACAGACUACGAGAUCAUUCGCAGGUUCUUCUCAAGCAAGCGCAGAAACGUCAACUUUCUCAUUGAAAUCUUUCGUCAGGCUUUCCUGCUACCAGUCUGUGAGGCUGCUGCCAUGCGCAAGGUCUUAAAAGUAUUCGAACAAUGGAUUAAACAAAAAGAGAAGCCGUUGUUCAUGCAAGAGUCGGAAGACGCUGUCCAUUCGGAUGAUGGCGAGGUGUGCGUCGAGCGUCUGGAAGAGUCUAAUGGCAACUUGGAAAAGGGAAAAGACAGAGAAGAUGAGAACGUAUCUGUCCCUACUGGACACAUACGGACCCCCAGCUGGACCAAAAAGGAAGCCACUAAAAAGCUUUCGGAAACAGAGGCUGCUGAAAAAGAAGUCCGGGCAGGGUCCCAGGCAAUUUAUCAGGUCUUUAUUGUAAAUGCAGCAAGCAUAAUCUUGCUUGAACCAGCCAAUGAGAACAAAAUUCUGUUGAACGAACAUACGGAUAUGUGCAAAAGGGUUUUGAAUAUUUAUCGUUACAUGGUGGUGCAAGUCUCCAUGGAUAAGAAGACCUGGAUGCAGCUGUUGCUUGUCAUGUUACGGGUCACAGAGUCUGUGCUGAAGAUACCAUCACAGGUUCUAGCGCAAUACCAAGGGAGAAAGAAUCAGAUAUUAGCUGGACGCCUGGCAGGACCCUUGUUUCAGACGCUGAUUGUGGCCUGGAUCAAGUCAAGUCUACAUGUUAGUGUUUCUCGGGAGCUGUGGGAUGACUUACUGGCAGUGAUGUCCUCGUUGACCUACUGGGAAGAACAGGCCACAGAGUGGGCCCACACCAUGGAAACUCUCACUAAAGUUUUGGCCAAAAAUGUCUACCACCUUGAUUUGAACGAGUUGCCUUUGGACAAGCUGAGCGAGCAAAAACAGAAGAAACACAAGGGCAAAGGGUCUGGACCUGAUUUCCAGAAGGUAUCUGUAGACAAGUCAUUCUCCCGAGGAUGGAGCAGAGAGCAACCUGGGCAAGCUCCGAUGCGCCAACGCAGCGCCACCACCACAGGGUCUCCUGGCACCGAGAAAGCCCGGAGCAUUGUGCGCCAGAAAACCAUUGCCAUGAGGAGCCGAUCCAUUGGGGACAGUGCCCUGCCAUCCGCCUCUAUCCGCAGCGCUAAAAGUGCACCUGUCCUGAUCCAUCCCUCCAAACCCCUUCUGCCUGAUAUUGUUCUCACUCUGCUUUCCGACGAGCUGUCAGAUAUGGACGACACCCCUGCGCUUCCGCGCACUCCCCGUGUAAGGCACUAUUCGCAGAGCGAGGAGACCCCCAGCGAGACGUUUGGAGCAGUCAACGAGGAGACCCCGGCUUUACCGCGCAGCAGCAGCACCUCUGAUAUCCUGGGCACGUUCUCAUCCGAAAAAGCCAAAGGUGCGGUGCCCGUUCCAGAUCAUCCUUCCCCUCAGGCUUCGGAACCCCAAUGUCCUAACACGCAAUGCCAGGAAACCUCCCUAACCCAAGUCGACGGCAGCAUUUAUGACCAUCUUUGUCAGUUAGCUGGCUCAGCUGGAUUAGCAGAUGCAGCAAUGGAACAGGGCUGGUACGAGGAAUUAGAGGGUUCAGAUCUCUUGCCUCGUUUGCGAGAGUAUCUGAAGGAACAAGAAAUGCUAGGAGGAGGCGAGGAGAAAAGCAAGGUGAGAUCUGGCCAGAGUGAAUGCAAGGAUGAGCGUCCUGAGCGGGUAGAAACGUCUUGUAGAGUAGAACUUAACUCAGACGGGCACGUUAACACAAUGUCUUCCGAAUACAAUGAUAACGGUGUAGGGGGAGAGGGGUGCACAACUAAAAGAGCUGGGGGGCUGAGAAAGGGAGGCAAAACAAGGGAUGUCCAUGUGAGAAUUCAAGCUGACGAGGAAGCGGCUGAAAGCGAUAAAGGAGGUCUGGAUCAAGGAGAACGAAAGAGAGUGCUAUGUAGACAAUAUGCAGAGGAGGAAGAUGGAGCUUCUGACUGGGGAACUUCCCAACAGUCUCCAGGCAGCGAGCACGGACCCACCAUAAAGAAUUUGUGCGAGUCGGUAACGCACAAGGCCAAAGCCAUGCGGCGGAAACGCAGCAGCGUGCAGGUCACUUUCCGCCCAGCUACCGAAGCCGUACUUUUCUGCAACUCCGCGGAGAACAAAGAUGCCCCUUGGAGGGCCAGGUUGCGGAAAAUAAGCGGCUUGAGCUCUAGCUCCUCCAUGGCGGUAGAUCCAGGGAAGUCGACCGCAUACGCAGCCAUUGGUGCAGUUAGGAUAGCGUCGGGAGUCGGCCAACCGGGCAGCGAUCACGCGGUGACUUUCGCGCCCUCUCCAUUGCAGAAGGAGUGCGGCCGCACACGGCCGAGAUCUAGUAGUCAGGAGAGAGCGUCUUCUCAUGCCUCGUUAGGCGGCGUAUAUAAAACUGUUGUCCAUGCUCUCUCAAAACCUAAGGCCAGCGUGUCCGUGCAGAAGCAGCAAAGGAUGGCAGCCGAGGCUCCUCUGAGGGACCUGUACGGUCAUGUUUUGGGCUAUUUUGGAAGGAAGGCAGCAGCCAACAAAGAAGAUUUAGGUACGCAACCUAGUGACCUAAACGAAGAAGUCAGUUCUAGCUCCAACAUCCCUGAUCUUUUGGACGAAUUCAUAGCCGAAAGACUGCGGUCUGGGGCGGCUCCGAGUCUAACCCGUAGAGGUAGCAGCCCUGGCAGUCUAGAAGUUCCAAAAGAUUUGCCUGAUGCCCUUAACAAGCAGGGCCAGAUGCGUCCAGCAGAUGACCCCGGGGUUCCUUCUGAGUGGACAUCACCGGCCAGCGCGGCCAGCAGUGACCUUCUCAGUUCGGACAGUCAUUCGGAUUCAUUUAACGCUUUCCAGUGCGACGGACGGAAAUUUGAAGGUUUCCCGUUCGGGGGUGAAUCCACCGUCCCCAUCUCCCUGGAGGCAGAUGCCGGGUCCGUUCAUCUUAGUACCGACGAGCCUGAAGUUGUAAGUCUUACAACGCUCCACAUCGACUCUGAAAAUAGCAGUCUUAACCAGCAGGCCCUGUGUGCAGAAUCGUUGCUUGUUGCAGGUUCUGAAAACGCUUCUCCUGCCAUAUCCGCUCAUGGCUCGCGGUCUCAGACCCCGUCUCCUGCUGCUCUGAGCGCCGAUCAAGGAGAGCUUCCGGAAAAGCUUCAACAUUCAGUCCUCCAAACACCGGAUGAUCUUGAGCUCUGUGAUUUCCCAUUGGAAAGCUGCAGCGUCAUGGCUGGCGGGACUCUCACCGGAUGGCACGCAGAUGUUUCAACGGUCAUGUGGAGACGAAUGCUUGGAAUUUUGGGAGAUGUCAAUAACAUCGCAAACCCAGAGAUCCACGCUCAAGUCUUUGAUUAUCUCUGUGAGCUGUGGCAGAACUUGGCAAAGAUACGAGACAAUUUGGGGAUAUCUCUGGAUAAUCAGUCUUCUCCACCACCUCCCGUGCUCAUUCCACCUCUUAGGAUUCUUACUCCCUGGCUCUUUAAGGCCACGAUGCUGCCAGACAAGUACAAGCAGGGGAAGCUCCAUGCUUACAAACUGAUCUGUAAGAUCAUGAAGCGGAGGCAAGAUGUGUCGCCGAACCGGGACUUCUUAACACAUUUCUUUAAUAUAAUGCACUGUGGACUGCUUCACACAGACCAGGACAUCGUGAACACCAUCAUCAAACACUGUUCGCCACAGUUUUUCUCCUUGGGGCUCCCAGGGGCGACCCUUCUGAUCAUGGACUUUAUUGUAGCAGCCGGGAGAGUUGCUGCCUCGCCGUCUCUCAAUGCUCCUCGUGUAGAAGCCCAAGUUCUCCUGGGAUCUCUCGUCUGCUUUCCAAACCUCUACGAGGAGCUCCCAGCUCUGCACCCCAGCAGCUCUGACAUCGUAAUGUCGCAGUUCACAGACGUCAAGGAACUUAUCAUCAAAACUGUGUUACGUUCUGCUAGGGAAGAACCAUCCGGACCUGCGAGGUGUGUAGCACUUUGUAGUUUAGGAAUCUGGAUGUGCGAAGAGCUUGUUAACCAAACCCACCACCCACAGAUCAAGGAAGCCCUAAAUGUCAUCUGCGUGUCUCUAAAGUUUCCCAAUAAAGUGGUGGCCCAGGUGGCCUGCAGCGUCUUGAAUGUUCUUGUUAACUACGUUAACGAACUGCAGAUCUACCAGGCAGACUUUCCGUUGAAGAUCAUAGAGAUCUUGCUAGCCACCGUGACGUACCUGCUCCCAACUGCCGAGGCUUCAUCUUAUGAGCAAGAUAAACGGCUGGUGGUAUCCCUGCUGCUCUCCUUGUUGGACUGGAUGAUGGCACUGCCCCUUCCCGUGUUACUGAAACCAAUGCGCCACGCUGGGACAGAAAACCAAGGCAGAGAAAACUCCGUCUUAAACUGUGCAUACAAGGUCCUUCACAACUGUGUCUAUGGCUCCCAACAUUUCAACAAUCCAAGGUACUUCCCUAUGAGUCUUUCUGAUCUGGCAUCCGAAGACUACGAUCCCUUCAUGCAACUGGAAUGCUUGAAGGAACCAGAACCGCUGCAUUCCCCGGAUUCAGAGCGUUCCACCAAACUACAACCGGUUACUGAGGUGAAAACGCCCAAGCAACAGGGUCUCAUUCCAGUCGCCGCACGAACGGUCAUCACACAUCUCGUGAACCACCUGGGCCACUAUCCAAUGAGCGGAGAUCCUGCCAUGCUGACCAGUCAGAUUUGCGAGAACCACGAUAACCCAUACAGCGAUAGUUCUGACCUCUCCCCGCAGCUCUUCCACAGCCCAAACCUGCAAUUCUUUGUUCUCAAUAACACCACGCUGGUGUCAUGCCUACAGAUCCAAGCAGACGAGCAAGUGCCUCCUGGUGAGGAGCUCUCUUCUGCCAACUCCACGGUUCGCAUCAUUUUGAGGGACCUUUCUGGCAAAUACAGCUGGGAUUCUAAUAUUCUUUAUGGACCUGCGCUACCAUUUUCUGGGCAAAUGUCUCAGCAGUCUUCCCUUUUUCCUACCAUCCCUCCUCCUUGUCUUACGCAAGAGGAAGAACAUACGUCGACCCAGAGAGAGACUGAGGAACAUUCCUCGCUCCAGCCAAGGAGGAGAGGCAGGGAGUCUCUGCCCCUAUGGGACAGUUUAGCAGAUGAGGAAGAUGCCCUAGACUGCCUUUUGCAGUAUCUGGGAGCUACCGGCCCAGAGUGCCUUCAAAGAGCUGGAGUCCCUCUCAAUGUUCCCUCACCACCACCUACUUGCUUCUCUGAGAAGCUAGAGAACGAGGUCAGCAACGCCAUCUUGAAGCAGAGUGCCGAGGAGAAGGAAUUUGUGGAGAAACACUGCGGUAACCUCCACAUGAGAGCGAUGCCCCAAGAGGAGCCAGCUAACCAAAAACCCCAGUCUGCCUUCUACUACGCCCGGCUACUGCUCAGCAUCCUUGGCAUGAAUUCCUGGGAAAAGAGGAGAAACUUUCAUCUUUUGAAGAAGAACGAGAAGCUUCUUCGGGAACUGAGGAACUUGGACUCCAGGCAGUGCCGUGAAACGCACAAAAUUGCAGUAUUCUACGUUGCGGAUGGCCAGGAGGACAAGCAGUCGAUCCUGUCAAACACUGGUGGGAGUCAAGACUACGAGGACUUUGUGACUGGUCUUGGAUGGGAGGUGAAUCUGGCCAAUCACUGUGGGUUUCUAGGAGGACUUCAGCGAAAUAAGAGUACCGGGCAUAGCACGCCAUACUUUGCCACGUCCAAUGUGGAAGUUAUGUUUCACGUCUCGACGCGGAUGCUUUCGGACUCGGAUGACUGCUUAACGAAGAAGCUUCGCCAUCUUGGCAAUGACGAAGUGCAUAUAGUUUGGUCGGAGCACAGUCGGGAGUAUCGCCGUGGCAUCAUUCCAACUGAAUUUGGGGACGUUCUACUGGUUAUUUACCCCAUGAAGAAUCACAUGUUCAGCAUCCAGAUUAUGAAGAAGCCAGAAGUUCCGUUUUUCGGACCUCUCUUCGAUGGAGCCAUCGUGAACGGUAAAAUCCUGCCAGGUCUGGUUCGUGCGACAGCCAUCAAUGCCAGCCGAGCGCUUAAGUCUCUCAUCCCGCUGUACCAGAACUUCUUUGAGGAGAGGAUGCGGUACUUGGAUUCAAUCAUUCAGCAACAUUUGGAACCAACAACCUUUGAAGACUACGCUGCGCAAGUGUUCUGCCCGGCUCCGCAUAAUCACCUCCUGCUGAAUGCACGGCCUUGCGCAACACAUGAGCAGAGUGAAAAGAUAUGUCCUCAGGCCGACGGCUCGGAGUUGCCGUCCCCCAUGUCACCACGGACCAGCAAAAGCCGCGUGUCCGUAAAGCUGAGGCGCUCCUCCGGCUCGGCCAACAAGACCUAACGUUCUCUCUCCACGUUCCUGAGUUCUCCACUUGACUUGUGUUGAUCACUGGCAGUGCCAUAUGCCAAAAGGUCCUGGCGUCUCACACCCAUUGGCACCAUCACAUUUCCUGUGGCUUUUUUUAUUCUACUACUUUUAUACGCUUCUAUUUUAUUUAAGCAAAUAACACUGGACUUUUAGACCUAUUUAAUAUUUUAGCCCGACAAUAUAUGUGAUUUUAAAUUGUUACAACGAUGCUGGGUGCCAUAUGUAUAUGUUUGCAGCUUCUAACCAAUUUGUAUUGCAUUCUAGCGCUGCAGACCUGGAUGAAACGGCAUCUAUAUAAUUACUACUGUUAAUACUAUUAUUCACGCUUUCCUUUUUAAAGAAUGCUAAUUAGUCUAUACAUUUGCCACGAUGUAUAUUUUUCGUUCAUUUGGCCCUCUUUUUUGAGGCCAGUGCAAAAUAUGUACAAUUAUAUUUAUCUAGAACCUGCAUGUAUAUAUAUCUAUGUAGGUUUUAUAUUAUUUUGUGUCUUUGAUUUAAUGGAACACAGAGAUAAACGUUAAAAGUAACACAUGCUUUAAUAUUUUUAUACAUUUUUUUGUUCGAUAUAUAUGUAUGAAGGUCAUUGAUUUUCAUGUAUUCCGCUGGCUUUCUUAAAGAGUAGGGAUACGUAAUACCACGUUUCACGUUUUUCCUUUCAUUCCAUUACAAGGAAACCAUCGUUUCAGGUUUCAUUUGUUUUAAAUUCUAUAUCAGUCUCCAUUCAUUACCAAGUAAUAUGCUGCGCAUGGCCUCGUGCGUGCCGUAGACGUGAGUCACGUGCCAUGCAACCAACUACUGUCGAUGCUGUCGAGAAAUUAUUAACGAUAUGACUUCCAAUGGCCUUUUUAUACGAUGGCGACGCAAAUAAAUCCUCAGAUGUACAGAAGAAAUUCCUUUUUAACAUAAUCUUUCCAGCCCCAUACCUUUUUUUUCUAGAGAUGCCAAAGGACUGAGGGGAUGCGGUCUCAUAGCAUUUCAUCUGCACGCUACUUGCAUAGCGCUUCGGUGUUUUUUUUUUUUAUUUUUUUUAUUUUAAUAUACCGUUAUUCCUUCUAUUGUAUAUUUUUUAUAUAAUUCGCAUUUGUUAUAUUUUUAACAUUUUUGCUUCCUCGUUAGGUCACAAAUAUUUUACGGCGCACCGUGUUUUGUAUGUAUCAUAUGCAGAAUAAACUUUAGCACUUUU